UUGACAGCAACACCACGUCCUACUCCUUGUACGCCUAUACGUACAUCUGCCCUUAAUUCCCAGGGAUCCAUGUCUGUGUGCUCCAAGGAGAAUCAUUUCCUCAAGCUAUAAAAGGCGGAGCUAAGAGCGCAGGGCUGAACUGACAAAGGCAAACUCAAAGAAACCGUGAACCAUUUACUCUGCACACUGAGAGAAUCCCUGCCAGACCUGAUACUGACUCCCCCAAAACAGGACCUUCCAACCUGAAUGACUUUGGAAAAAAAAGAAACACACAUGAGGAUUAAAACGCAAGACAUUGAGGAAACUUGAUUGGCAGAUUUUUUUCUUCUUCUGUUUUUAUCGGGUGAGACUUCAUGUGUGACGUGCUUUCCUUGCCUUUUCAGGAAUACAGUACUUAUGCUCUAUAUGCAGAGCUUGUAAUUCAUAUUUGUUAAUUACCUGGCAAGUGUAUUUGACUGUUCAAAUGGCGAACGCUACUGCAUCUCCCUACCAACUUAUUGAUGACUGCGAUGCCUCAGACACAACACUGUAUAAAUUCUAUGCAGCUGUUAUGAUUGUGAUUUUCAUCCUGGCUUUGCCCCUGAAUGCAUCUGUCCUACACCUCUUCAUAUUCAAGCUGAAAUUCUGGAAAUCCAACUCCAAUAAUGUCUUCCUUUUCAACCUGGUGUUGGCUGACAUUCUCCUGAUCUUCUGUUUGCCCAUAAAGGCAUAUAAUUACAUCCAAGGAGAGAGGAGGAUUGAGAAUGACGCGGUUUGCAAAGCCAUGCUCUUCAUGUUAUUUUUAAACCGAGGGGGAAGCAUUGCCUUUCUGACCGUGAUUUCCAUUGAUCGAUAUCUUCACGUGGUACACCUUGGUCGAAGGAAUCUCCUAAAAGUUCUCAAGAAAUCGGGUCUGAUCUCGAUCCUCAUCUGGCUGUUUCUUGUGCCUCUAACGAUCCCAACCAUGCUCAAAAAUUAUGAUUGCUGCCACAGCCCAAAUGAAGACGAUGAGAUAAUUAAGGAAGUCGACAUUAUACGAGAAUUCAUCUUCUUCACCAAAAUCGUCAUCCCCUUCGUCAUAUUGGUGUACUGCACAGUGCGUAUCGUCAAUAAGCUCAGGAAACAAACAAUCGGGGAUACAACCAAGCUGAAGAGAGCAGUCUUCCUGGUAACAUGCGUCAUGGUGGUCUUCUCCUUCAGCUUCCUCCCUUGCACGUUGGCCAGGAUGGUUCUGCUGAUCGCUCAGGUCGACAAGUGGUCCGAAGCAUACGAGGACAAAGCUGCUGUGGCCUUCGACGGCCUCAUGGUCCUCUCCUAUGUAAACUGUUUGCUGGAUCCGCCGGUCUACUGCUUCUCUAGCACCAAGUUUAAAAGUCUUUAUCUCUCCACUUAUUUCCCAUUCCUUAUAAAAAAAGUGCCGUUGCAAAGCUUAAGGGUAAACACGAUACAACGUCCGCGCAACGAUGUUGUUGGAAAUUAAUGGAAAAAGAGACUGACAGUGUGUCCCAAAAAAUGACAUACUGAAUGAAAGGGUCAAGUGCUCCUUGAAGACAAGAUGUCCAGUUUCAAUUGAUUCUUCAAUAGAAAUUAUUUAAAGGCACAUAUGUUAAUAGAAAGCUCUGGUUUGUGUGUUCACCAGCAUUGUGUAAAUAUACACUGUACAGUAGUAGUGAGGGGGGUGCCCCUCAGCCAAAGUAUGCACAUCUGUUUUUCUGUUUGUCUUGGACAGCAAGUAUUUAUGACCAUGAGAAAUUCCUUUAAAGCGUUAAAA